AUGAAUAAUAAGAAAAGAAAUAAAUAUGAUAAACAAAAUUAUAUGGCAUUACCACUAGAAAAAACUGAAAUAAUUAUCGAAAAUAUUUAUAAUUUAAAACAUUGUUUGAAUUUAUAUCGAAAGGAAUUGCAAGAAAAAAACAAUUAUAUCGAUAAUGCAAAUGAAGAUUUGAAGUUUUAUAAAAGUGUUUUAAGAAAUAUCAAUGUAGUAUGGAAAAUAUUUAACAGUGAUUUAUUAAAUUUAAUAAAUAGUGAUAAAGGGAUUAACGUACGUGUAAAAGAAGAAAAUAAUAGCAACAAUGGAAAUAUUAAAGAGUGUAAGAAACGAGAAAUAAAGGAUGAACAGAGUGGUAAUGAGUACGAAAAUAUUAUUGAAUCUCCUUAUUAUAAUAUAGAAAAAUUUCAUGAUUUAUUUUUAAAAUAUGUGAAUAAAAAUGAUGGAAAUGAAAGUGAUGAAGAAGAGGACUCUGAUUUUUUUAAAUCAUUAUCAGAAGACGAUAUAGAAAAUAUAAAAGGAAAAAAUAAAAAAAUAAAAAUAAAUGAACAAGAUGGGCAAGAAAAAUCAUUUAUAAAAAAUGAAAAAAAUGGUGAUAAAGAAAAAGGAUAUACUAAUACAAAGCGAAAAAGGGAUGAAAAAGGAGAAGAUAGAGAAAGCUUAGACAACACAAAACAAUGUAAUGGAGAAAAAAAUUCCAAAACAAUUUUUGAAGAAAAAAUAAAAUUUGAAUUUUUAGAAAAUAUAAAAAAAACAUUAAAUUUUAUAAAUAAUAUUAUUUGUUUAAAAUCAAAUAUUAAUAUUGAUUGCGAUUUAGAAUAUAUAAGAAAAAUAAAUUAUGAAAAAAAUGUCUAUUAUGAAAAAUAUAAAGAUGAAAAAAAAAAUAAUAAUAAUACCAAAAAUGAAUAUAAUAAUAUAAAAAUAGAAUUAGAAAGAUUGGAGAAAAAAAAAGCAUCUCUACUUUUUAAGCUAUAUAAUUUAAAUAUAUGUAAAACGAUUAUUGAAGAUGGUAAAGUCGAAAAACCUGAGGAUAUUAUGCAAAACGAAUUAAAAUUAGAAAAUUUUGAUGAUGCUAAAAAUAAAAUAAUAUGCAUUAAUUGUGGUUAUGAAAAUUUAUGUGAAAAUGGUGUUAUUUUGAGCGCCCCUACUAGUGGAACGAUUGCAAAAAAUGAGAGUAAUAGUUUAUGUGUAGCUAACCAAUUAUCCACACCAGGAGAUACAAUUAAUGGUAAUAGUAAUACUACAAAUAUGAAUAGCACGAUCGAUAAUUCAGGAAAAAAUGAAAAUGAUAAUAUAGGUAAUAAAGUGGAAUCAGAAAUUUUGUUAAACUUUGAAAAUUUAAUUACAAAAGAAAAAAUAAUACAAAGCGAUCCGUUUAAAAACUUAGUGAAAGAAACGAUGAAUAUUUAUAAUACGUUAAAGGAAAGAGAAAAAGAAAUAGUUCUUUUAAAAAAGGAGAUAUUAAGAAUGGAAAAUGAUAAAGAUGAAGAAUAUGAUAAUUUAUUAAAUGAAACAAUAAAUAAUAAAAAAACAUUAGUUAAUAAAAUUAAAGAAUUAGAAAUAGAGAUUGUUACAUAUAAAUUAGAUAAAGAUAAAAUUGAAAACAAAAUAAAUGGUAUGAAAAAUGAAAUUGAUGUGUUAAAAAAUAUUGAAAACAAUCAAACUAUCCAAUUAAAACAAAAAGAAAAUGAGAUUUUAAAAAUGAAAAAUAAUAUUGACACACUAAAAAUGUCUGAAAAUAAUUUAAAAGAGAAAAUAGAGAUCCUAAAGAAGGAGAAAGAUGGCUUAUUAAGUUCAGAAGGAUGUGUGAUAAAAAAUGUGAAUAUAAAUAAUGAUAAUGCAAUUGGUGAUGACUUAAAAAAUAAAACAAGUGUUGAUAUAGAUAAAUAUAAUGAGCUUCUUCGUGAAAAUGAAAAUAUGCGAAAAAUUUUAGAAAAAAAAAAAGAUGUUGAAGAUAAGCUAAUAAACUUAAAAAGUAGUUACGAUUCUAUGAGUGAAGAAAUCGAAGAAAUAACAAAAGAGUUUGAAAAAAAACAAGAACAAGUUGAUGAAAUGAUUUUACAAAUAAAAAAUAAAGAGAUGGAAUAUUUAAAAAAAUAUAAUAAUAUGGUAAGCAAAGAAUUUGCAGAAAAUAAUUUAAAACAACUCGAAAAUAGUUAUAAAGAGAAAUUAUCUUUGAUAAAUGAUACAUAUGAUAAAUAUAAAAAUUUUUCAAAUUUAUAUUUAUCACUAUUUUAUCAUGCUAGAGAAAAUGCAGUUAUAUCAGAUAGUGCAAAAGAAGAGCAAAUGAAUAUAAUUAUAAAAUUAAAAGAAAAAUAUGAAUUAAUUUUUCAAAAAAAAAAAGAAUUGUCUGGAAUAUUAAAAAAUUUGUAUAAUUGUAAUAAAAAAUUAAUUACACAAUGUAAUGAUUUAUAUAAAGAAAAUAAAAAGCUGCAAAAUACUUUAUGUUCUAUGGAAAAAAAUAAAUAUAAAAAAGAUUUGUCACCAAAUAAUGAAGAUAAUAAUUUACUGAUAGAAGAAAAUAAUGAAUUGCGAAGAAGAUUAAUAUGUAGUGUUUGUAUGGAAAAUUUUAGAAACUAUAUUAUUAUUAAAUGUGGACAUAUAUAUUGUGAAACUUGUAUUUUUAAUAAUCUUAAAUCAAGGAAUCGAAAGUGUCCACAAUGUAAAAUACCUUUUGACAAAAAGGAUUUGCAAAAAAUGUUUUUAGACUAA